UUCCGCUAGUGUUGGCCAUAUUGAACUGGGAUAUUUGGAACUGUUAAUACGGAAUAUCUUGUAUGUGUAGCGGUAGUAAACGGGGAUAUAAUUGCUUUAAUAUAAGGGUAACAGGACGCUGGUAAAUCAGUGGUGGCCUUCCAGCGACCUGAAAGAGAUGAGCAACAACAGUAACAAGAGAGCACCAACUACAGCAACUCAGAGGCUAAAACAAGACUACCUCCGAAUAAAGAAAGACCCAGUGCCUUACAUUUGUGCUGAGCCCCUCCCUUCCAACAUCCUUGAAUGGCACUAUGUUGUAAGAGGUCCCGAGAAGACUCCUUAUGAAGGUGGUUAUUACCAUGGCAAACUAAUUUUUCCCAGAGAGUUUCCCUUCAAACCUCCUAGUAUAUAUAUGAUAACACCUAAUGGAAGAUUCAAAUGUAAUACAAGGUUGUGUCUUUCAAUCACUGAUUUCCAUCCAGAUACAUGGAAUCCAGCUUGGUCAGUGUCUACAAUUCUGACUGGUCUUCUCAGCUUUAUGGUGGAGAAAGGGCCCACAUUGGGCAGUAUAGAAACUUCAGAUUUUACAAAAAGACAAUUGGCUGCACAGAGUCUAGCUUUUAAUUUAAAGGAUAAGGUCUUCAUUGAACUAUUUCCUGAAAUGGUAGAGGAAAUCAAGCAAAAACAAAAGGCACAGGAGGAAAUUAAUAACCGAACUCAAGGCCUCCCUUUACCAGACAUUGUUCCCGAAGGUGAACUAAACCAUGGUCAGAAUGGACUGCCAGUCCUCAAUGGACAUGUGCCUCUAGCAGCAGCAAACCACCAAGGCCUCCAGCAAGCGAAUCGUAAUCAUGGACUACUAGGAGGAGCCUUGGCGAACUUAUUUGUCAUAGUUGGUUUUGCAGCAUUUGCAUACACAGUAAAAUAUGUGCUGCGAAGCAUAGCACAAGAAUGAACAAAGACCUUGCAAGACCAAGUUUAGUACAAGCUGUCUGGACAUGAGGGUUUGAAAUUGGGAAGUAUCUGUGAUGCAGAUAAAAUAGUGGUUGGCUCAUGGGUUUAAGUUCCAAAGGAUCCUCAUGUUCAGAAUGGACCUGCUUUGCUGCUGAGAAAAGUACACACACGAAACACCAAAGUAAAUAUAUGCUUCACAGAGCAAGUGGAACCUGUGUAAAUGACUCUAAACUAUAAUCAGGUAUGAUGUUCCUUGAGAGAGGGGUACAGUCAGAAAAGCUAAUCUGCGUCAUGAUUAAACAGUGAAUUUUCUGUAGAAUGUAACAUGGGAAAGCACUUAACUGUCUGUGUGUGAAAUAAAAAUCAAAGUAGGUUUCUCUUUUAAGGUAGGCCGCUUCCAUUAGGCAGAGAUGAACCGAAGCUGCGUUCAGCAGAUUAAUUAUUUAUGCAUACUUAAAGCUUGUGUGUCUGUAACAUCUGUAUGCAAGAAAUGACAGCGAUUUCAGGUUGUGCGGGAUUAAAUUUGUAUUUUGUACCUAGUUUUUUUUUUUCUUUUACUGUGUAUGAUGUCUGCAUAGCACUACAUGAUUCUGUUUCAUCAUUAAAUAAUUUUUUUUGUAGGAAAGUGGUGCAGACGCAGGUUUGCGUAAAGCCACCAUGAAACGCAUUAUAACCUUCUUAUAUACAGAUAUAUCCUUUGGUCCAUUUUCAAGCUCUGGUGUUGAGUGUGAAAUCGAUGCUUGCAGUACUCCACUCAUGGCUGAAAUACUUUGCUGUCCCAGUUAAAAUAUUUUAAAGCUAGCUGAAACUCUUCAAUGGAAGAUGAUUCAGUUGACUGUAAAUUUUAAUAUGGUUUGUAAUGCACUUGGUUUUAUUAAUUUUUCAUUUGUUACCUGCAAUAAUCCCCUAGAAUUAAGAAACAUUUUGAAAGUUGCUUCUUACUAGUAUUUUUUUUGAGUAUUAUUUUUGUGUUGCAUUUCCCACAGAAUGCCUCCAUUCAAAAUAAUUAAUAGUUUUCAGUGUUAAGAACGCAAAUAGCGUAAAAACAUGAGCUGCCCAUUCAGUACAGACUGUUUUAUGGAAAUAUUUUGCAUUUUUGAAUCUCACCGCCAAGAUGACUUAUUCUCAUUUGUAUGAGAAGCCAGGGUAAUCCAGUUUUGUCUGUCUGUUUGCUUGCUUUGUACUGAUGAAAACUUUUUCCCCCCAACCUUCUGUGGUUCAUACUCAUUGCAGGUGACUUCCUGACACACACUAGCCCGACUCAUGAUCCCAGUCAUGGUGUUCAGUGUUGUCCUCCUGCUGUCCUUGUGUUACUGCCUCUAGUCACCACUGGAAAGCACUAGAAGACUCACUGCAAUCCAUCUCUGCUUUCCCUGGGAGCGAGGGUAUCAACCCCCCACACACACACACACACACACACACACACACACACACACACACACACAGGGCCAGCUUGUUCCACUAUCACAGCUUAAUCAAACUGUGGUCACUGGUGUCACUGUCAGGACUUAAACGUACAUGCUAGCGGGUCAGCAAAUGCUUUUGAACUUUUGUCUGUCUACAGUAACUAAUGGUUUGUUCAUUAAGUGUGACAUCCAGACCCUUAUGUUCUCAGGCCGCGUCUCUUUGGUCUAUUUAUUCCUCAAAGGCAGCAGACCUAUAAAAGAGAGCAGGCUGUGUUAGCAAGCAGUGGGACACCCCCCACCCUGACUGUCCCCUCUCAGUGGUGGUUAAUAAAUGCACUUAAUGUUGCAGCAUGACGCCUCAGAGGUAGACUUUUGCCCACCCCCAGCCUUCUCCUUAGCAUAGCUCCAGUUCAUGUUGCACAUCCUAUACCUAUGUCCUUAAAUUGCUUCUACCCUUUGGCGCAGUGGGCACACCGGUUCCAUUUCCCAGUAUGAGGAGCAGGCUAAUUACAGCCCAUCAUUGAAGUCGGGUCACUUGUGGCAUAGACAGGGCUUUUUAUAUCUGUAUGCCACAAGGCAGAAAUGCUGUUGAUCUUAAUAUUAUGAGAUGAGAGUUGGAGAGAUGUUCACUUAAGGCAGCAUCAUAACAACCUUUACACAAUGGUUUGGGGAGCUUAUGUUAAAUGCAACUUUCUGUGGUCAAUACAUUUUGUAGAUGUGUCUGAGUAUGUGUUUGUGUUGUAAAUACACAAAAUGUAUAAACUUAAAUGGAAAUUCCUUAUUGUAGAGCUGAACUUCCAUAAUUAAAAGUUUGUACAGUU